GGUAUCUGGCCCAUUAUGUAAUCACCAUCGUCAUACACGACCAGUGUGGUAACUUAUUCAGUGCGAUGAGGACUGAAGAGACGUUUUCAGGUAGCGCUGAGGUCUUCCUGCAAACAUGAGUGAAGUCGUCGACACCAUGGAGCGCCACCUGGAUGGGGGAAGGGGGUCAGCGCCGACUAGGCUCCCGCCGAUGCGCGUGGGCCACGGACACUCUGCUCACCAGAGGCAAAGGAGCAGGUCACCACCACCGGACUCUCCAGAGGUGAAGGAGGAAGUCCCGGGGACUGUCACAAUGUCAGCUGCCAGUCGUGUGGCCGACGCCGUCACUAGCGCGCUCAACAUGGACAAAAAUAGGGUCGACCCAAACCGAUAUGCCACCAAGAAGACGAUCGCCCAGGGGAUGCUGGACGUGGCACUGCUGACUGCCAACGCGUCCCAGCUGCGCUAUGUCCUCCAGGCGGGAGAUCAGCACGAGUUCUACACGCUGAUGGUCACCCUCAUCAGCAUCAGCAUUGCGCUACAGCUGCUGAUUGGCAUUUUCUCAAUCAGCCUGACUUUGCUGCGCGACUGUCGACUGGACCGAGAAGAAUAUACCACAUCAGCCAACGCCCUAAACUACACGUCUCUGGUCCUCGUGUUUCUGGCCACUAUGGCCAAUGUCCUGAUCGCGGCGUUCGAUGUGCGCGAGCCUGAUCUGACCGAAAUUGAUGCAGAAGUGAUAGCUGUAGAAGCGGCUGGCAAAGAAGUUCCCUAGGGACAUUAAGUUCGAUCCCUGCGUCUCGACAUUUAUCUUGUGUUCAUCCAUUUCGCACCGGUGGAAAAUGUGACUAAGCGUUUUGUUUCACCUUAGGAACUUUCUACGACUUGUUUGUAAAGCAGGUGUACCAACAAGAGGCACCGCGAAUAACGCAUCCCAUAUGCAGGUUUCGGAAACGUAAAGCAAUGCACACAUGUGUAAAUGCAUGAAAAGCAAUGCAUGUAUUAUAUUUGGACUUGGUAUAAAAAACAUACUUUUCCAAGCCGGCGCUUGUAUAUAUGUACCUAGAUUGGUAUUUGAAAAAGGUGGCGUUGAUUGAAAUGCGAUUUUAUGCUUUAAAGUGCUUGAUUAUAAGGAUGGAUGAAAAAUAUUAUGUUAUAAUAAAAUAAUAUUCAAGAUAAAAAAUAAACAUGUCAUUCAAUGAAAGAAAAAACAUCAGCUAAUGCUGCAAGUAAAACGUUCAUUUGACCGUAGCUUUUACGUUUGAUGUAUAACAUGUGCAUAUACCACAUUUUCAAAAAACAUUCAGGUUUAUAAGUAAAACUAAUUGAUGUUCAACUUUCGAUGUCUUCACUUUCCGAUAAAGUACCUAAUCUUAGAUAUGCAUUGAGCGUAGGUGCUCACAGCUAAAAUAUCUCGCAUUCUAGCACCUAUACCUAGACCUGUAGGUUCUAAUAGUUUUGCCUAUGCGUUUUACCUGAAAUUCAGGCAAUAAACAAAUGGCUAAGGACAUGCAUGCUAUGUUAAUGUUAGCAGCAUUUGGAAUCAACGCUAAAUCAUCU